AUGGGGAAGGUGCAGCUGUUCGAGAUCCGCCUGGGCGACAGCCGCGUCGUCUACAGCCCCGGCGAGCCCCUGACCGGCUCCGUCACCGUCCGCUUGGCCGGAUCGCUCCAGUACCGCGCCAUCAAGGUGGUCUGCGUGGGUUCCUGUGGGGUGUCGAGCAAGAUCAAUGACACAGCGUGGACAGUGGAGGAGCAGUACUUCAACAGCACCCUGUCCCUGGCAGAUAAAGGGUUCCUGACCGCCGGCGAGCACACCUUUCCCUUCCAGUUUCUGCUGCCAGCUUCAGCGCCCACAUCCUUUGAAGGGCCCUUUGGGAAAGUCGUACACCAGGUCAAAGCUGUGAUAGAGACCCCGAGAUUCUCCAAGGAUCACAAAUGCAGCAAGAUCUUCUAUGUCCUUUGCCCACUGAAUCUGAACGAUAUCCCCGAAAUUGAGCAGCUGAACACCGCAUCGGUCACAAAGAAGUUCAGCUACAAGCUCGUGAAAACUGGCAACGUGAUCGUGACGGCGACUACGAACCUCAAGGGCUACGUGGUGGGGCAGGUCAUCCACCUGCGGACUGAGAUUGAGAACAAAUCUGGCCGUGACACGGGCACCAUAGUGGCCAGUCUCAUCCAGAAAGUUGCCUAUAAAUCCAAGCGGUGGAUUUAUGACCUGAGGACCAUCGCGGAGGUGGAAGGCUCCGCCGUGAAGGCGUGGAAACAUGCCGAGUGGAAGGAGCAGAUCCUUGUUCCGGCACUGCCCCAGUCCAUUCUGCAGGGCUGCAGUCUCAUUCACAUCGAUUACUACAUCCAGGUCUCCCUGAAGUCUCCAGAGGUUUCUGUCGCUCUCCCCAUUUAUAUCGGCAACAUCGCUGUGAACAGAAUUCCUUUGAGCCCGUCCCGGUCUGUCCCCCACAUCGUCUCACCGGUGGUUCCCAGUGCCCCCCCGGUAGACGAAGAGGCUGCCGGUGGCUACCACCCCAUGGACAAUGUUUCGAUUCCCACCAAAAGCCAUUCUCAGCAGCAGCCCUUCAGCUACGCGCCAGGCUUAAGCUUUCACGACGCCAGGCCGGAGUCUGAGCAGACGGGCUCCCCCAACCACCCCACGCUUUGCCUGUCGACAGGGGCGACCAUCCCUUAUUACGCCGAGGGCACCGUUGUCCCGGUCUCCACAGCCGGUACCCUCAUCUUGCCUCCAGAGUACAGCACCUGGGGGUACCCGUACGGUUGCCCUGAAGUCUCCAGAGGUUUUUGUCGCUGCCCCCAUACAUGCCUGCGACAUUGCUGUCAACCGAAUUCCUCUAAUUCCACCCCCACCGGUUCCCCACAACCCCUUGCCACUGUUUGUGAGUGUGCCCACAGAAGACAAGGAUGCAGGAUUUCUCCUUUGUAUGAAGAAGGCCCCAGGCCUAAUCUUUGGCAUCUCCACAUAAGGAAUUAGCAG